CGGAACAGAGCUACUUUACAAAGCAUAAACAUGAAGCUCGCUGUAACGGUAAUACUUGUGAUUGUGAUUUCCUUAGCAAAAGCCGAUCAAGCUAAUACAAGUGAGCGUUGCACAAAUGCUUGCCCAAAACAUUUGGAUCCUGUUUGUGCGGUUUCCGGUGAUGAAAGUGCUGCCACGGCGUCCGGUGCAGUCGUGUACCGUUACUUCCAUAACGACUGCUUACGACGUUAUGCAAGUUGCAGCACCGGCACUGUUUGGCGCAUUACAUCUUUGUCGCUCUGUCUCAAGCAUGUUGAUCCCUUGGUGCGUGAGCAGUGCUUACGUCCUUGUCCAUUUAUUUAUGAACCAAUUUGCGCUUCUAACGGUAAAAGUAAGGAGAUUUUCGGCAAUAGCUGCAUUUUGGAGGUGGAGAACUGUCUCUCAGUUGAUGCAUGGACUUUGGCAGAUGGCAGCGAUUGCGGCUUGUAACAGCGCAUAUGGGCAUAUAUACAUAUACACAUGCUCUAUACAUGAAUAUAUAUAAUACUAUUUAACCAAUUAUGUACUUGAAAUGAUUACCUUGAAGUUCCGCCUAAUAAAAUGCUUUCACAUAAAAAUUCAAAGUUUUUAUUUUAUUAAUUAUAUUUUUUCUGUUGAAUGUGUCAGAAAUUAUACAAAAAACGUUACCUAGUAUUUAUUGUUACAGUUACUUACGUUUUUCUUCUUUGUUUACAAUAUAUUACUAAUUUACUAAUUUUCUACACUAAUACUUAGUCUCAGUUUAUAUGCUUAACCAUAGUCAUUGUUGUUGUGUUUUAUUCGUUAUAUAUUUUUUUACUUAAAUAAUUAUGUAUGGUUUUUAGUUAUUUACUUCGUAACAUCUCUUCGCUUAUUUGUUCUCAAUAUUUACAGUUUAAUAAAUACACAUUAUAAAUUCUUUUAUUUUUGUAUAGUUAGGAUGACAUUAAAUACUUAGUUCGUUUACGCUAAAUUCUUAAAAUUUGCUUAGACUUAAUUUAUCAACAACUACAAAUAUUAUUAUUUUUUUAACUACAGUUACUUUCAACUUAUUGUAAGCACAUCUGGCAUAGCUUGCACUCAGCGCAGUGUCUAAUUUUGUUACAUUUUACUGCACUUAUAUUUUCUGAACUGUAACUACUAUAAUGUUUUUGCUGAUUCCUUUUAUGUGCCAUUUUCAAUUUAUUUAUAAAUAUUUCUAUUGAUUUUGAGCAUAGUUUGGCUUUUUGCAUGGUAAUUAUACACCAUUUUGUAGGCCCUUACGUAUAAUUUUGUAAAUAUUUACUAUUUUUUAUAUGUAUUUACAUAAGCCAGUUUUGAGCUCAGAUUUAGUUAGUUAAAAACAAAAACAAAACAAUAUAUAAAAA